AUGAAUAAUGAUAUUAACCAUCCUUACAAGAAAAUUUUUGACAAUGAAGGAAAAGAUGAAUUUUAUGAAGUAGAAUACGAAACCGGUAAUGGUGUUGGAACAUCACAGAAAAGGUUGCCUCAAAAUAAAUUUAGGAGAAGUUUAACGCAUGAAGAAAGUAUUGACAACGACAAUGAAAAUGAAAAAACAAAGACGACUAAUGAUGCAAAAAGCA